ACUCCUUCCCUCUCCUCCCCCUCCUGCCAUCACUCUCAUUGGCAUCAUCUCUUACUUACUCUAUUACAAACAAAGAGCUCCAUCAACUCGUCUUCGACCUUCAGACUCCCCCUCCCCCCCACUCACUCGCUCGUCAUCGCGCCAUCGCAUUCCACUAGCACUCUCCUUGCUCAACCUCGACGGCCAUUCCCCAACUACAUCGCUCGUCGCCCGAUCGCACAUCGCUUCUGUGCACCUCUAAUCCAUCCCACAGCGCGCUACAGCACGGUCCUCGAUUUCCUCGUCCGACCACCCCCACCUACACCCAUUCCCAAUCACCCAACCCACAAACCCACACUCGCUCCUCUGAUCAUCCUCCUCAUCGUCUCUCAUUCUCCAUCCCAUCUUUUCUCCAAUGUCCAAGGCUCAGUUUAUUCGCGAGUACAGGCUCGUCGUCGUCGGCGGUGGUGGUGUCGGCAAGUCGGCUCUUACCAUCCAGUUCAUUCAGUCACAUUUCGUCGACGAGUACGACCCUACCAUUGAGGACUCCUACCGCAAGCAGUGCAUCAUUGACGAGGAGGUCGCACUCCUCGAUGUUCUCGACACUGCAGGCCAGGAGGAGUACGGCGCUAUGAGGGAGCAGUACAUGCGGACGGGCGAGGGCUUCCUUCUGGUGUACUCGAUCACGUCGCGUUCGUCGUUUGAGGAAGUGUCGACGUUCCACCAGCAGAUCCUGCGCGUCAAGGACAGAGACUACUUCCCCGUCGUGGUUGUCGCAAACAAGUGCGACCUCGAGUAUGAGCGCCAAGUUCAGCCGCAUGAGGGUCGUGAGCUCGCCACGCGUUUCGGUGCGCAGUGCAUUGAGACCUCUGCAAAGCAGCGUGUCAAUGUUGACGACGCGUUCGUGGCCGUUGUUCGCGCCAUCCGGCGGUACCAGCGUGAGACGGGUCCCCAACAGGGUGCUAUUCCCGCUGCCCCAGGCAAGACCCAGACUGGCAUUGCUGGCGGCCGCCCCGCAGAGAGGCCUCAGGAGGAUGAUGCUCCGGGCUGCUGCGGCAGCUGCGUGAUUCUUUAAAAGGUCGGUUGUACAUUGAAUAAUGCGUAGUGUCUCGCGAGGCUUACCGGUUUGUUUUCUUUUAUCGCGUAUAUACACUAUACUGGGCCGUCUCGUGUAUGUGAUGCAUCCAUCGAGAGGCGGGGGAUUGGUGAGGACGGUGGAUGUCGCACAGAAAAAGGCUCGAGCCAGCAGGCUCAUAGUGAACGCAACCAAGGCACCGCGCACCAGAGUAAUGUCGCGGAAUGCUCGGUUGAGAGGUGGCAGGGGGGUUGGGCACGUCAUGGGCGAUCCACGUAGCGUCAUGAACAAUGCAGGCAGGCAA